GCGGAAGUGUUCUGAGGUUAAUUGGUAGAGCUUGAAAUAAUGGUUGGACCAACAAGGCCACAGUUUGUGUUGUUCGGUUCCUCAAUCGUUCAAUUUGGCUUUUAUCAAGAAGGUUGGGCUGCGGAUCUUGCACACUAUUACGCUCGCAAGGCAGAUAUAUUCAUGCGAGGAUAUUCUGGUUGGAAUUCGAAGCAAGCUCGAGCAGUUGUGGAGCAAGUUUUCCCAAAGGAUGAUGCUGUAAAACCAUCUCUAGUGAUUGUUUAUUUUGGAGGUAACGAUUCAGUCCUUCCUGAUCCACAAGGCCUGAGUUCUCAUGUACCACUUGAUGAAUAUGUUGAAAAUAUGAGGAACAUUGCUACCCAUCUACAGAGUCUUUCAGACACGACACGCCUAGUAUUUCUUACUGCUCCUCCAGUGAACGAGGAACAAAUGAAAGAGGAUUUGAAGAUUACAAAUCGUAAAAACGAACUGUGCAAAGAAUACUCUGAUGCUUGUCUAACCUUAUGCAAAGAAAUGAAUAUCAAGGCCAUUGAUCUUUUUACAUUAAUUCAACAACGACCUGACUGGUUGACAACCAGCUUUAUAGAUGGGAUACAUUUUACGCCAGCUGCGAGUGCAACAGUGGCAAGUGAGAUACGACUAACAAUUUCUCAAGCUGACUGGACACCGAGUUUGCAUUGGGAAUCGUUGCCUGACGAGUUUGACAUCUCUAUUUCUCCCAGUGCCCUAGGGUGAGAAGUGUUAGUGUCUGUUGAAUAAAUUGUCAGGUUUUAUGACAAAAAGGAUUUUUAAUAUGUCGUUUUUGGUUUAUGUUGUUUCAUUCCUUGUUGCUGUUGGUUUAUGCUUUUUCCUAUGGAGUUUGUUGAUUGAUCUUGA